CAGGUUCGUACAGGCACGAACAAGUGGAGGAAUAAAGAUAUAUCAAAUUUUAUUCGAAUAAUAGAUAACGAAUAAAACAGUAAAUUAUUCGCGACGUUCAUUUGAUUGAACGAUUAAUCGUCCAUGUCCUUCAUGUACCGACUAUGUCUAUAAUGAAUUUGGGAAAGUUGCUUAGCAACAUAAAGUAAAACAAUUUUCAGCAAGUCGAGUGUACAUGUUCACGUAAAAACAUGAUUGUCAGCUAAAACUAAAAGACAAUUGUUUACCGGUCGUUGCUCAAAAUUCUCAGUGAAGUAAAUAUUUCUCGGCUUCGUACAACACAGACUCACGAAAUAAUAUACUUAUCGAAAAAUGACGAAAAACAAUAGGAGUGAAGUUAAUCUUAAAAGUACUGGUAUGAACGAUACGACCGCUUUAUUGUACACGAUCGAUCAUUUCUAAAUGCGUAAAUCGUACAAUCAAAAUGGGCAAAACUACUUUGAACAAUUGGCAGCAUAUAAUUCAAUGAGUUCGCAUUUACGACGCGUUUUGAUGGCGAAGUGUGUUGUCGAUGCCAAAAACAAAAACUUUACACGCAAAAGAAAACGGUUCUGUAGACAACCUGAUUGUAGGCCACGAAUCGUUGGACGAGAGAUUAAGAAUGAUAUAAUCGAUGUGUUGGCAUACGACACCCUUCAUCAUCCAGCGGACUUAUUACGAAGAAGUGAUGACUCAAAGUGUCUAUGCCAGCGCGAAGAUCAAAGCUAUUUAGCUAACCAUUAUGGUUACGGUAUGGUUUGUUCACGAUCGAGACUGCAUAAUCGUGUAAUUUAUCCGAGUUCAACAACGUUGAAAACGAAUAAGACAGAGCCAUUUAUUUCUAAUGAUCGACAAGUAAAAGCUACAAAAGCCGCGUUAAAGUUUCAAGACUUGUCGGAACACAGUUAUGAAGAAGAUUCGAUGGUUUACCAAACCGCUACUGAUUUUUUGACACAAGAAAUCAAUCAUCUUUCGAUGACGGUAAGUUCAUCGAGAAGUUACGAUAAAAUUGAAACUCCUAAAGAAUACACGGAUCCAACGUGUAAUCAGGAAACGUGUAUGAAAGACGAGGAAGAAGCAAAAUAUGCGAAAUUCGUGUACGACAUUACCUGCGAAAUAAUACAAAAUGGCCUUUAUACUGACGAACAAUUGCAAGAUGUGUUUCAGAAGCAUUUAAAAAAAAAUGAGACACUUCUAAGUAUGAAUAAAAUGAUGUACGAAAUUUAUCAGUUAAAAGACGCUUUGAAUAUGUCGGAUGAUCAGGAUGCUGAGGAAUUAAAAGAUCUCGUUCACUCUCGACAAUUUAAUAAUUUGACAUUUCAAUCACCGACCCCGCCAAAAGUUCUGAACGAAAAUAAGAUCAUGGAAAAGCUAAGGAAUUACGAAGCACCCGAGAGUCAGCGUAAAUCGAACAGUAAUAAUAAAUCGGUUGUAUUAAUCGAUCCCAAUCCGGAAUUAAUUAUAACAGAGAGAGAUAUUCUUUCGUCAUUGAUAGAAUCUAACAUUAAUCCUGAACAAGCUCAACAGAUUUAUAAGAGACUUUCUACCAUAAGCAAAGAUGAAAUUCCUGUAGAUUUGAUGCGAACGAGACCAGGAGGAUCAAACGAUGACAAUGUAGUCAGCGAACGUGAUCGGAUUGAUCUCAGUGUAGAAACGUUAAGCGAUUCGCAACAAGAAAAAGGUUCCACAACUAGUGAUCUCAUGAUACUAGAAGACAAAGAAGUACAAGCAUAAAAAACAAAUAA